GAGGUCAAGAAUUCUUCCCAAGAAUUUUCCUAGAUCCCAUCCCCCGCCGCCGCAGUACGGCAAAGUUCUGGCGUACCCUCAACCCGCACUGCCAGCUCCGUUGCUGCCGCCGCAGAGUUCAAUUCCGACGCGAACGCUACUGGUGAGCAUGGUUCCCUCCGAUGUGAGCGAGUCGGUGGUGAGGCGGGAACUGGAGGUGUUCGGCAAUGUGAGGGGCCACACAUAUGGAGAGGGUCAAAACCAACACAUGCAACAGCAUACCGUCUCCGCCGCCAUUUCUUUCGUUAUGCAGCAGCAAUUCCGUCUCCGGCGGAGAUUCAUUAUGCAGCUUUAAUUUUGCUGUUAGUGAUUGACACUUCUGCCUAGUAUGAUGAAAUUGAUGGAAUUGAGGGAGAUGCCGUGAAGGAAUUGAGGGAGACGCCGACACCAAAGACCACUCUGCCAAGUAUGAUGAAACGACACCAAACGACACCAAAUAUAUUUUCCACGUCAACUAGCUGGAUGGGCAACCUGAUGAUAACCUGUAAUUAAAGCUAAUCGAACAAAUUUAGAAGGUAAAUGUGCCUGAUUAGCAUAUAUUUUAGAUGGUGGGGGGAAUUGAACACUUCGAAAUAGUAGAUGGACCUAUUUGACACUUCUGCCUAAUAAUAAUAAUAAUAAAAAAACAAGUAUAGGAUGUGAAUAGAUGCAUGAGCACAUAGAAGGAUGUUUUUAUGCUAGGCUAGAAUUCAUUCAUAUGAAUUUCUAAUGAGAAGGUAGUUGAUCAAUAGAGUUACCACACCGACAACUCAAUUUGAUUUUUAGACAUUAAUUAUGGACAAAGACACAUGACCGAAUUCUACCAGUCACGAGAAUUUUACCUCUCAACUAUUAGCAAAUUAUAUUGUAGACCACGAAUAAAUAUUCAUUUUUAGUACUAGUAUAUUGAAGGUUCAUUUUAAAGUAGUAUAUCUAAAAAUGAACUUUCAGUUCACGAUAAAAGAACCUUCAAAAAUGAACAUCCAGUACAAAAAAAAAAAAAAAAAAAAAAAAAUUUAUGUCAAUGGUCCACCUUGCAAACUUUGUGUCAAUAGUCUACCUUGCAAAGUGGACCAUGGUUCAUGGUAUAAUGAUUAUCCACUAUUCUAUGGGGUCGGGGUGUCAGUGGUCCACGUAUAUUGAUUGUCCACUAUUCUGUGGGGCCGGGAUAUGUGGGUCUGAGAUUGAGAGAAUUUCGCCUUUUAUGGACAAGUUAAUCAUUGGGGCUAUCGGUAAGGUAAGUUGUGAUUAAGAAUUUCUUACUUUUUGGUCAGGUUCCUAGUAUUUGAAUAGUAUUUCCAUAUUGGGAGUAGUAUUUGAACAGUAUUUCCAUAUAGGGAGUAUAUAACAAAAAAAUUUGGUUACAUUAAUCGUUUUAAGAUUUGAUAGAAGAGUAUUCUGAAUGAUUACACUAAUGGAACUUACAAAUUUAGCAUCACUAUUUUCUCUUUCCUUGUGUGUAUAUACUCUGAAUAACUCCAUUCUGGAGCAAAGGAGACAUGUAUAUACAGAUAUCCUAUCCUAUACUACAUUCCUUGUAUAUAUAUGUAACACCCAAAAGCAUAGCAGAAGAGAAUAGCUGAACCAUGGCAGCCAAGCCUUCCCUUUCAAGUCCCAAGAUUUUCACCUUUGCUCUCAUAUCUGUUUGUCUAACUCUCAUUCUUGUUACAACUAUCAAAUUCCUAGAAGGAACCUAUGAAAAACACCCAAAAUGGAUCCUCCCUAUACCAGUCCAAAAGCCUAGUUGGCACCAAGUAUUGAAAAGCAGAAUAGAUGUUACAAGAAUGAAGAUUGGUCUAGUGAAUGUGUAUAGUGUGGAGAAGGAGAUUAAGGGUUUACGGGAAGAAGCAAAGGCGAUUAGUGUAAAGUUUCGUCCUGUGAAUGGGAGCGUUCGAUGGAAAGACUUAUUCCCGGAAUGGAUAAACGAAGAAAGACCUCGAAAGUGCCCGGAAAUACCAAUGCCGAGGUUUGAAGACUACAAGGAUGUAAAUGUUGUUGUGGCUAGGGUUCCAUGCAGGGAUUCAACAGAUGUGUUUAGGUUACAAGUGAACUUAGUGGUUGCUAAUCUUCUGGUGAGAAAUGGGAGAAGUUAUAAUGAAAUGUAUGUUGUUUUCAUUGGGUCUUGUGAGCCUAUGUUGGAGAUGUUCAGGUGUGAUGAUCUGUUAUGGCAUGAAAGAAAUUAUGCAUGGGUGUAUAAGCCUGACUUGAGAAAGCUGAGGCAGAAGGUGGCCAUGCCAGUUGGAACUUGCCAACUUGCUCAUCCAUUUCAUGAACCAAGUCAAGAAUUACAGGGAAGAGCCUCUAACAAGACCCUACGCCAGCCAAGAGAGGCUUAUGUAACUAUCAUCCAUUCAUCAGAAGCCUACGUCUGUGGUGCAAUAGCUUUGGCUCAAAGCAUCAAGCAAUUCACAUCGACAAAAGACCUCAUCCUCCUAAUGGAUGAAACUAUCUCUCAAAAAUCCCUCAGUGGUCUCAGAGCAGCGGGAUGGAAAACUAAGAAAAUAAAGAGGAUUCGAAGCCCACAUGCAGAGAAAAAUGCAUACAAUGAAUGGAACUACAGCAAACUUCGGAUAUGGCAACUUGUGGAGUAUGAUAAACUUAUCUUCAUAGACUCAGAUUUCAUUGUCCUGAGAAAUUUGGACAAGUUUUUCACGUACCCACAAUUAUCAGCAGUUGGGAAUAGCAGACAUGUGUUCAACUCCGGUCUAAUGAUAGUAGAACCCUCAGAAUGUACCUUCAAAACCCUAAUGCAGAAAACAAAGACCACUGGCUCAUACAAUGGGGGUGAUCAAGGGUUCUUGAAUGAAGUUUUCUCAUGGUGGCACCGGUGGCCAGCUGGCUUAAAUUUUCUAAAGGAUUACCUAGCAGUUCCGGAUGAAAAACGUGAAGUACCAAAGAAUGUGUACACUGUGCAUUUUCUAGGGAUGAAACCAUGGAAGUGUUAUCGAGAUUAUGAUUGUAACUGGGAUAGCUUGGAAAACCAACGUUUUGCAAGCGACAUGGCUCACACAAUGUGGUGGAAAAUUUAUGAGAAAAUGCCUAAGAAUUUGCAGCAUUAUUGUGCUCUUGAUCCACAGGUGGAAGCCGAGGUAAGAAUGUGGAGGGAGAAUGCUAAAAAUGCCAGUUUUGCUGAUGGACACUGGAAAAUUCCAGUGAAAGAUCCAAGAAGAAGUUUCCUUACAUGAUUCUUUUCCUUCUACAUUUUCAAGUAGGACUCCUCUAGUGGAUAGUUAACUACAUACAGUAAUUUUCUAUUUUACAGUAAUUUUAUUUUGGAUUAAAAGUAGAAAUUUUUGUUUGGACCUGAAGCUUUUAUAACAAGUGUCUACCAGAAAUGGCAAAGCAGUACGGUUACAGUAACCAUAACACAAUUCAUGCAUUCAUAAGCUCAAUGUGUGUUCAUCUUUUUGGACACUUUAGACGUCUCUAAAAUACAAAGAAACACAGAGUUAAAAUACAGAAAGGUUCAUACCGUCAUGUCAUGCUUUCGUCAACAAGAGUUCCUGAAAUCCUUGAGAAACAGCCAGGCAGGAUGUACAUACUGGUGCAGCUGUAUAUAU